UCUUCACCUCCUAGUCUCUGCACUGAAACUCACACAUCUUCUUUCCUCUGUAUUAAUUGACUUUAUAAAACCAUUUUCAAGUGCUUAACUACAUAAUGGGUUUAAUCACAACCUGCUCCAGAUCUGUGAUGACAGGGAGUGGCUUAAUCAAAACAGUGAUAAGAGGGCCAUAUUAAUCUUACAGUGACUCUGCUGAAGUUAUUUGAAUCACAGAUAGAUUUCACACUUUGUUGCUUUGUAUGCAUCAAACAGUGAAGUUUGCUGUUCAGCAGUAAUAAUCAAAACAUGCUUUCACCACAUAUGCAUGCACAUUUAGGUAAAACAAGACUAAUUUCAGGGUUUUCAGGUGUCUCUGUGUUGUUCCAUGCACAUGUAUUUGGUUAUAGCAGAAGUCUUGGAUCGUGUGAAAAUGAGCCAUUGAGAAAAUGGUAUGUGCCUGCUUAGAGGAUUAUAAACCAUUACGACAGUUCUUUAAAUGUACCAGUUCUCCUUUUGACACUAGGCAGAACUUUUGUUCCAUUCACUGGCUGUGGGCAGUGGAAAGAACACUCAGGUUUAAGCUGGUGGGGAGCCACUGCUACUGCAAUAUGCUCAGUUUAGAAAAAAAGAGUGUAUUCUUGUUGAAGCUGAUGGUAAGUGUGCUUGAGGCAGCCCCAACAGACUUUAAAAGAAUCACACAUCCUCUUUUGCCUGGCCUUCAGACAAUUUUCAAAUUGGAAAUACUUGGGAAAGUAUUUUGAAGUCCUUCUGAACAUAUUUUUCUGGGAAGUGUACUGCCAAAAUGAAUUUUACAGACCCUCAUUCCACAGACUACCCCUAUGAUCCAGACUACGCCUCUCUAAUCACAUCACCUUGUUCUAAGUUGGAAGUCAGGAACUUCACAAAAGCAUUUCUGCCAGUUGCAUAUUCACUGAUUUGUAUCACUGGUCUCUUUGGUAACAUCUUUGUGGUGAUGACCUUCGCUUUAUACGAAAGAACCAAAUCCAUGACGGAUGUGUACCUCUUCAACAUGGCCAUAGCAGACAUACUGUUUGUUCUUACUCUUCCACUGUGGGCAGUGAAUUAUGCUACUGAUAAAUGGAUUUUUGGUGAUUUUGUUUGCAAAAUGAGUAGAGGUAUCUAUGCAAUCAACUUCAGCUGUGGCAUGCUGCUUUUGGCCUUCAUCAGCGUGGACCGGUACAUUGCCAUUGUACAGGCAACAAAGUCUUUUAAACUCAGGGCAAGGACCCUUGCACAUAGUAAACUCAUUUGUUUGGCUGUGUGGAUAUCAUCAAUUUUAAUCUCUAGUCCCUCUUUUCUGUACAGUGAAAGUUACAACUUCUCCAUCAAUGAAACCAAAGAGAUUUGUGAUCGCAGAUUUGACAGAAUGUCUGAAAGUACAAUGCUGAAAUCACUGCUGCUAUGGCUACAAGUUGCAUUUGGAUUUUUUAUACCUUUCAUAUUCAUGGUCAUUUGCUACACCUUCAUUGUCAAAUCCUUACAACAAGCUCAGAAUUCCAAAAGAAACAAAGCAAUCCGUGUGAUUGUAUUAAUAGUAGCUGUUUUCCUAGUUUGCCAGGUACCUUAUAACAUUGUACUUCUCAUAACAGCUGUCAACAUGGGCAAGAUAGACAAAUCUUGUGACGGUGACAAGAUAAUGGCUUAUGCAAAAUACACCACAGAAGCCAUAGCAUUUUUACACUGCUGUGUGAACCCUGUGCUCUAUGCGUUUAUUGGUGUGAAGUUCAGAAGUUAUUUUGUGAAGAUAAUGAAGGACCUGUGGUGCAAGAGAGACAAGAAAGACAGUAAACGUGGUUCAAGGACAAACUCUGAUAUUUACCAUUCAAGACAGACUAGUGAAAUUCUGACUGACAAUGGAUCAUCUUUUACUAUAUAAUACAAUUUGGACAAGAUUAGUACUGAAGGGCUCUACUCACCAAGCAACCCAAACCAAUGCCACUGUGGAUGUGACAGCAAGUCACCUAAGCUUCUCUGCAGCUCUAAAGGAGACCCAGUGAUCUACAACUCCUUUCAGGGAAUUAAUUAAGAUAAAGGAAUAAUACUUUCCUGUGUAAAACUAAAGCCUUAUUCACUUCUCUUAAUGCUCUUCUAAAGUACAUUCUCUUGGAAUUAUAAAGAAAGUGAAGUUUACAGAGGAACCCUCAUCAUUGUGCAAGGAAAAAUUGCAUGUCAUCUGUCCUACAACACUGAAAUACCCCCAAAAUAAUAAGUAAAUGAAUAAGGUUAUGUCUAGGAUCUUUCUUACAUUUAUGUUGUUUCUGUUAAUUACUUCUACCUGGAAAUCCUACUGAAGUGUAGCUCUCAACUGUGCUUAUAUUGCAGACCAGUCACAUUGUGACAAUACUAACCCAAAGAGAUGCCAUUUUGAGCAAAGCAUGACAAGGAAAGCAAACUGUGAAAUGAAAAAAGAGGCCCAGGACUGCUGACAUAGCUGGGCUGCAGUGCUUGGUCUUGUAAACCUUUGCCCAGUGCUAUUCUGAACAGGGAGUGAAGCUUUGCAAGAGAGUUUCUUCUUUUUUUUGGCACAGGAUUCAGAUGCUGGAAUCCAAAAAAGCUGAUAAACUGAUGAAUAUCUCUUUGUGAAAAGUUGUCUCUUUCUAGCUGAAAUUCACACUCUACUUUUUAAAAGACAACUAACUUUAUGAAACAGUAUUUGUUGGAAUGUGAUUGGUGACAAAAUAUGAAGCAUUUUUUUGUAUUUAGCUACUGCUAGCAAAGAUUCCUUAAGAAUGCAAUUACCAGCUGAAAUAUAAAUAUAGUUUGAAAAAUUAGUUAGAAGUGAUUAUCUUAAAAAAGAGCAGAAUCUGACUUAAUUCAUACAGAAUUUUUACUGAGUCAGUAUUUGAAUAUAGGAAUAUUUAUAAUAAAUGCAAUUAGUUUUACCCAGCCUUGACUCUUCAGCAAAUCCUCGGUGGAUCUUCUGCUCAUUGAGUGAGCUUUACCACUGUUGCAAACACCGUGGGACAGUGAGAUAGACAGAAACAGGAGCUGAAGGUCCCUUGAGGAUUAAUUAUAUGGCACAUUAAUAUGAUACAUGAAACUAGUACUGCCUUGGCUGGUACAAUCUAUCCUUGUUUCCAUUGCAGUGUUAGGUUUUUAAAUAUCAGUGCUAGCUAUGAUAAAGAUUUCAUAUGUUUAUCAUAACUGAAUAGCAAUUUUGCAAGAAUAUGAUAGAAAAUUAUGUAAAUACAGAUGCAUGCAUUUGGUGUACAUAGCAAUGAUGAUUUUCUGGAAGACAAUUCAGCAAAU